CCGCCCGCCCAACCGAGCGAUGCCGCCGCGGAAGCCGCUGACGACGCUGCUCAAGUCGGCGACGCGGCCGGGGCACCUGCUCCAGCUCCACGCCUGGAUGCUCAAGUCCUCCCACUUCCCGCACCACGCCUUGCCCACCGCCAGGCUCCUCGCCUCCCCGCUCGCGCCGCUGCACUACGCGCUCUCCCUCUUCGCCGCCGUCCCGCGGCCCACGCUCUUCCACCACACCGCCCUGCUCCGCGCGCUGUCCGCGUGCCCCUCCGCGUCCUCCCUCGCCGCGUCGCUCUCCGUCCUCGCCUCCGCGCGGGCGCGCCUCCCGGCCCUCGACGAGUUCGCGUUCCAGCCGCUCCUCGCGCUCUGCGCGAAAAUGCCCGAAAGCGCUGAGGCGGCCUCCAUCGGGAAACAGCUGCACGGGGUCGUGCUGCGGUACGGGUUCCUGGACGUUGUGAGCCUGCGGAAUGUGCUGUGCCACUACUACUGCAGCUGUGGUAGCAUGGCGGACGCGCGGAGGGUUUUCGACGAAAUGCCAGAAAGGGACGUCAUCUCUUGGAACACGGUGAUUGGGGGCUAUGUCAGGGCGGAGGAUGUGGGCACAGCGGUGGAUAUGUUUACCGCGAUGAGGCGGGCUGACAUGGAUGUCAACGUGACUGCUGUGAUCACCUUGAUUGGGUGCAGCUGGCAAGGGGAGUCAGUUCAUGGCUUCUGCGUCAAGGCGGGCCUCUGCAGUGAUGUGAAGGUUGCCGCAGCAAUGGUGGGGAUGUAUGUGAGGGAGGGUGGUGUUGAGUGUGCAAGCAAGGUGUUUCAUGAGACGGCCAGGAGAGACUUGGUGCUGUGUAAUUGUAUGGUGGAUGGCUAUGCAAAGGCAGGGCGAAUUCAGGAGGCAAUGGACUUGAUUGACAGGAUGAGACAAUCCGGAAUGAGACCAACUUCAGGGACGCUUGUGGGCGUGCUCUCUGCAUGCGGAGCAUCAGGGGCAUUGCCAGCCGGCCGCCGUGUCCAUGAGCUUGCUCAGGAGGCAGGGCUUGAGCUUGACACCUCGCUUGGGACGGCGCUUAUGGAUAUGUACUUCAAAUGUGGGUGCCCUAACGAGGCUGUGUCAGUCUUCAGUGCAAUGCAUAGUAGGGACGUGAAGGCAUGGACAGCAAUGAUCAUGGGAUUCGGGGUCAAUGGACAGCCAGGUGCCGCCAUCUCCCUGUUCUACAGGAUGGAGGAAGACGGUGUGGCUCCUAACGAGGUCACUUUCCUCGCACUGCUGAGCACUUGUAGCCAUGGCGGGUUGGUGCAGGAAGGGAAGGAGUUCCUGGAACGCAUGGUGCUCCAUCACGGUUUGUCUCCCAGCCCUGAGCACUACGGCUGCGUCAUUGAUCUCCUGGGAAGGGCAGGGCGUCUAGACGAAGCUUAUGAGCUCAUACGAAGCUUGGCGUCCUGGGGAGAUGCUACGGGAUGGAGAGCGUUGCUUGCAGCCAGUAGAGUCCAUGGCAACGUGAAACUGGGCAGGAUGGUGCAGGCACAGCUGGACGCCAUGGGCCACUACCAUCCGUCUGAUACCAUUCAGCUGUCCAACACGUACGCAUCAGAAGGCAGGUGGGACGAGAUAGCUCGGCUGAGGGAUGUAGAAGAGCAGAAAUUCUCUGCGGAGAAGGAAGCAGGCUGCACCUCCAUUGUUGUGUCUUGCUAGUGUAUCCAGGCUUGUUGAACUGAAGUGUACUUGGCAAUUCAAAGUGGCAUUCCCAGCGAGGAAAGUGUACUUGUGUAUGCAAUUUACAGCGGUUACAUCGGGCAUGCUAGUUAUGAUCAGAGCUUAUCCAUACUUGUACAGUAUUACAGAUACACAUAGAAGUAAUUAACAUAUUUUCUAUUA